ACACUCAAAAACACACACACGCAAACAAAGCAUUUCUACUCCGCACAGAAGCCGUCUUCAAGCUUCAGACUUUCAUCAGAUAUGGCUUCCUGCUUGCGGUUACCAAUCGUUACUUCAGUUCAUACUUCAUCAUCUUCUUCUUUACGGCGGAAUUCGAAGCCUAUAUACGCAGCUAGCCAUCGAUGCAGCGUUAAAAUCCCUAUGCCGCCGUUGAACCCUAAAGAUUCUUUUCUAUCUAAACUUGCUUCUUUGGCUGCAAAUUCUCCAGAAGAUCUCCUCUCAAAGCCUCCGCGUUCAGAUACUCUUCCUUACUUGGACUUAUUCGAUUCCCCCAAGCUCAUGGCUACUCCAGCUACAGUAGAGAGAUCUGUUUCUUAUAAUGAGCAUAGGCCUAGGAGACCGCCGCCGGAUCUUCCAUCCUUACUUCUUAAUGGAAGAAUUGUUUACAUUGGAAUGCCAUUGGUUCCUGCAGUUACAGAGCUUGUGGUUGCAGAGUUGAUGUAUCUUCAAUAUAUGGAUCCUAAAGAGCCAAUUUUUAUUUAUAUCAAUUCUACAGGAACAACUCGAGAUGAUGGUGAAACUGUAGGGAUGGAGACUGAGGGUUUUGCAAUUUAUGACGCAAUGAUGCAGCUGAAGAACGAGAUACAUACUGUGGCAGUUGGGGCUGCCAUAGGUCAAGCAUGUCUAUUAUUGGCGGCAGGAACCAAGGGUAAACGCUUUAUGAUGCCGCAUUCCAAAGCUAUGAUCCAGCAACCUCGUGUUCCAUCAUCCGGGCUAAUGCCUGCCAGUGAUGUUCUUAUCCGAGCCAAGGAGGUUGUAUUUAACAGGAAUACACUUGUAGAACUUCUGGCUAAGCACACUGAAAAUCCAGUAGAGACAGUUGCAAACGUGAUGAAGAGACCGUUUUACAUGGACUCUACAAAAGCUAAAGAAUUUGGUGUCGUAGACAAGAUACUAUGGCGUGGUCAGGAAAAGAUUAUGGGAGAUGCUGCUUCACCCGAUGAUUGGGACAGGAAAGCUGGCAUUAAAGUUGUAGAAGCCUAAUAGUUUCAUUCACAUUAGAAAACGAAACUGCAAUCGGUUAUGAAUGAUGUAUAAAUUUUCUAAUGUAAACUGUUUUGAUCUUUUCAAGAUUCAUUUCUUGUCGUGCUU